CGAUGCUGCGGUGGGGACUCCGGGUCGUUCUUAAAAUGGCUGAGGAUUUGAUAGCAGCGGUUGCCAGCCAGCCAAAGAGACUCAACAGCAGCAGCGAGGUGAUUCAAAGGCUGGAGGAAAACGGGCAUCAAAACAAAAGGUUGAAGAGCGAUGCGGACGAAGAAGAUGCAGAGGAUCAGAAUAAGAAGUCGCCCAAAAGAAAGAUUGUGCUGUUGAUGGCAUAUUCAGGGAAAGGCUACCAUGGCAUGCAAAGAAACGUGGGAUCUUCACAGUUCAAGACAAUUGAAGAUGACCUGGUCUCUGCCCUUGUUCAGUCAGGAUGCAUCCCAAAAAACCACGGGGAAGAUAUGAAGAAGAUGUCUUUCCAGCGGUGUGCUCGAACAGAUAAGGGUGUGUCUGCAGCUGGACAGAUUGUGUCACUGAAGGUCAGACUAAUAGAUGACAUAUUAGAAAAGAUCAAUAAUCAUCUUCCUUCUCACAUCAGAAUUCUGGGCCUGAAGAGAGUCACCGGGGGCUUCAACUCCAAGAACAAAUGUGAUGCCAGAACCUAUUCUUACAUGCUGCCAACGUUUGCCUUUGCCCACAAGGACCAUGAAGUGCAGGAAGAGCUUUUUCGGCUGGACAGAGAGACCCUUGAAAGGGUCAAUAAAUUGCUGGCCUGCUACAAAGGGACACACAACUUCCACAACUUCACGUCACAGAAGGGCCCCAGGGACCCCAGUGCCAAGCGGUACAUCAUGGAGAUGUAUUGUGGAGAGCCCUUUGUCAGGGAAAACAUGGAAUUUGCAGUGAUCAAAGUGAAAGGUCAGAGUUUCAUGAUGCACCAGAUCAGGAAGAUGAUUGGGCUGGUGAUAGCAAUUGUGAAAGGUUAUGCUGCUGAGUCCAUCAUGGAACUCAGCUGGGGAGAGGAGAAGGUCGAUGUCCCCAAAGCCCCAGGACUUGGGCUGGUUUUGGAGAAAGUACACUUUGAAAAAUACAACAGGCGUUUUGGGAAUGAUGGGCUGCAUGAGCCACUGGAGUGGACAGAGGAGGAGGAGAAGAUUGCUGUUUUCAAAGAGCAGUACAUCUAUCCUACCAUUAUCAACACAGAAAGGGAGGAGAAAUCCAUGGCAAACUGGCUAAAUACCCUCCCCAUUCAUGACUUCAACUCGACUGCUGUUGAGAUGCAAACUAACACCAAAAAUUCAAAGAAGAGCAGCGAUGUCGAAGCCAGCGAUGGUUGUGGUGAUGAUUCUGACUGAGCCAGCAAGUGGCUGGAUGUGGGACCCUUGCUGCUUGCAGUUCCCUUUGCCUAUAAAAAGGUGGCCUUUCUAAAUUCAAGAGUCCAGUGAAACAGGAGUUUGUGUGCUUGCAGAACGAGAACUGGAUGCCCAGGAGAAACUGGGUGGGGAAGACAGUGCAGCAGAAAAAACAGAAGUUUUUCAGAUCACUGACCGAUUCACCUGACUGAUAUACUUGAAAACAGUGUAGUGGGAAAGCAGCUUCCUAAAAAAAUCUUGAAAUGCAGGAUAUCUUAAUUGCUAUUUGAAUAAUGUUUUUAUUAUGUUUACUUGGAAAAUAGUAUUUUAAAUAUGUAUAAUCUCUACAUAAAGAUGGGGAAAAUAAUUUUAAUAUACUCUUUUUUUAUUAUGAAGUUACGACUUCAUGAGCUUUUGAUUAACUUACCUUUACUUAAACUGAAUCUCUAAGCUUUUAGUUUUCAUGUCAUCCAUGGUUUUCCUAUGGAAUAACUGGCAUGACCCUGAAAUUAACUCAGUUACAGUGUGGUGCUAAAAAUGCCAAGGUUGUGGAUUCAAUCCCUUUAUGGGCCAUUCACUUAAGUGUUGGACUUGGUGAUCCUUGUGGGUCCUUUCCAACUCAGAAUACGCUGUGAUUUAGAAACUAUGGGUUAGGAACUCAUUAUCAUGCUGACUGCUGUGAACUCUUUUGGUUUUGAAACAAAUUUCUGUGUUUUCUAGAGCUUUGCAUGUCUAAAAGAAAUGAUUCCUUACUCAGUGAGAGGGCUUCAGUUUGGAAUGUGGACUGACCCAUACAUUCCAAGAUGAGACCUUUUCUGUGGGAGGUGCCAUCCUCCCAGCACUGCCUUCAUGCUUGGGCAGGUUCAAGGAUAUAAAUCCACAGCUCCAGGUGUAGUUGGGCCUUUGCUGCCUGAGGUGUAGCCCAGAAAUCCUCUUGAGCCUUCCACAGGAUCCAGAGUUGAAUUGACUUGGAUGGGUGAAAGAAAUGGUGCUGAAUUCUCUGGGCUUUAAUCAGGCCUGGGUUUGUGAACUCUUCAAGCCCAUUGAGCUCCUCAGAACAGGGAAUGUGUGCAGUAAUAUGGGAGGUACAUGUCUGAGCACUGCCAUCCUCUGGGAAUCAAUUUUAAUUUCCUCUGUUUUCAGGAAUUGCAUACUCUGGAGGUCAUGCUCCUUUUUCCCUUUAGUGGUUUAACUUCUGGUUCUUGUUUCCAGCUCUCUGUGGAGGUGGCAGAAGAAAUGACACCCUCCUGCCUUACCAGCCUUUGAGACUUUGUGAAGAUGAGGAGUCCUUUGUUCCCACGUUUAGUGGAUUUUGGCCAGAGCCUUAAAUUUUAUGGUUCCUUCUGAAAUAA